AUGCCACAAGGAGUGGUCAAGAGGUGCAAGAGGAUUUUGAGAACCUUCCUUUGGGGAGGUGUGGAGGGCCAUAGGAAACUUGCUUGGAUAAAGUGGGAUGUGGUUUGCAAGCCGAAGAAGUUGGGUGGUUUAGGCAUAAAAAAUUGGAACUUAUUCAAUAAGGCCUUAUUGGGAAAAUGGAGGUGGAGGCUUCUUCGUGAGCAAAAUAGCCUACGGGUUGCGGUCUUGAGAGCCAAAUAUAAAAUCCCAAGUUAUGGUGAGCCAGUGGAAAGGGGUGGAAAGAUGUCCGCAUGGUGGAAUGAUAUUCUCAGAACCUGUUUUGAGAACUCGUCUCUAUGCUGGUUUGAUAGUGCAAUUAAGAGGAAGUUAGGAGAUGGGAAAUUGGAGAGAAGGGAAGGGAGAUUGGAUACUUGGAGCUGGGAGCCCGAAGCUGAAGGUUUGUUUACGGCUUUCAUCUGGAGAGUCCUUUGGGGUAGAUUGCAAACUAAGGAAAAUCUGAAGAGAAGAGGGAUUAUUACAGGUGAUCAAUUGGUAACUUGUGUGUUCUGCAAUACAGAUGAAGAAAGCAUGAAACACCUUUUGUUCUCCUGCCCCUUUGCUGCACAGGUAUGGAACACCUAUAAUAGGUGGAUUGGAUUAGGCGCUGCACUUCCACACGAUUGUUGGAGCCACUUCCCGCAGCAUGGCUUGCUAUUCCCAAACAAAAAGCAGAGAUUGGGAGCGCAAACAAUUUGGUUGGCCAUUACUUGGUCCUUGUGGCUUCAUAGGAACCGUGUGGUGUUUAGAGAAUGGAUCAAAGAUGCAGGAAAGGUUUUUGAUUUCACUCAAAUGCGUGCUUGUAAUUGGCUGAGGGUGGUGUCCAAAAACUUCUGCAGUUCCUUGUAUGAGUGGACGCAGCUGUGA